AUGGAAAUUACUGAACUUGCUUAAUAAGAGAUUAAAAAAAUUGUCUCUUCUUUAAAUUAUCCGCAACAACUAUGCGAUCUAGCAUUCUUUUAAUUUCAAGAUUACAUGAAAAAGACAAAAUACUUCGUAAGUGAAGAAAAGCUAAAUACUAUUUUGAAAUGUGCUUUGCUCAUUGUUAUAAAAACUUUAAAACAUUAAUUCAAUUAAAAUAGCUUCCCUACUUCUCUGUCUUAUAUUAUCUAAGACCAAACUGAGAAGAUGGAUGAAAUUAUGAUAACACUAAAGGAAUGGACAACUUUUGGAUAGAUUUACGAAGAAGCAAGAUAAGAAAUAGUGCAAAUAGUAGAAUCUUUCUCAUAUAUGCUUACUAUAUUUAAUAAAUUUGAAAAAGUGUUUCGCCACUUCUAAUUUGAAGAGCAAAAUAUGCAAUAAAAAAAAUACAAUAAAUAACUAAAGCAUAUUUGUUGGCUUUUAUUAAUAAUCACUAAAUAAUAGCACGAAACUGUAAUAGAGACCACUUUGCUUAUUCCAGCUGUAUUCCAAUUUCUAUUGAAAGGUGCUUAGCGCUUCACUACUGGCUAAUUCUUGGAAUAAACUAAAGGAAAUGAAAAAUAAGAACUUUUGAAGCUUUUCCAAGUUUAAGACAUUGAAUAAUAUGAAGCUACAGUUAGCAGAUUUGUCAAUGCUUUAAAACCAAUUUGCGACUCAAAUUUAUUAUAGUGUGAUGGUGAUAUAUUCUAAAUAUUCGGACCAAAAUUAAUUGAAUCUAAUAUAGAAAAUUUAAGCAGUUAUUAUACAAGUAAUAUAAUGAUUGAUUUGGAUCUGCAAUAUUUUGUUAUUGAUAAGAAAAGAGCUUGCAAUCCAAAUAAUUUUACUCCUUUCAGUAGAUAAGGAGUCAAUAAUAAGUAAGCAGCACCUUUUCCAUUAGAAAAAUAUGGACUUUUAAAUACAUCAAAUAGCUCUAUUUCUUCUUCAAGCAACUCAUCUUCUUCAGUUGCAAAAAAGUAAGAGUAAACAAAUCCUUAAACUCAUUUAGAUAGUAAAGCUAAAUAUGCUUCAUAAAGGCUUCUUAAUUAUGAUAUGGUAGAAUCAUUAAGUGAAUCUAAAUCAAUAUAAGAUUUCAAAGUCUCAAAUCUUAAUGUUACUUCCCCUUACAUAGUUAAAUAGUAAUCAUCACUGAGUAGAGCAGCUGCUACACCAACAAGUAAUGCUAUGGAAAUGUAUAACUGGCUACUUUCUAGAAAAAAUAUUAACAGUUGCUCAACAGGAAGCAUUGCUUUAGAACUGAAAAAGAAAAUUGAAAAUUUGGACGUUUGGCUAGAUGAUUAAAUAAACAAAUUAAUUGAAUUCGAAAAUAAGUAGCAAUAAGAGUAAAGAAAGGAAUAGAUUUAAUCAUUAUUUUAUAGAAUCUUAAACGAGUAUUACAAUGAGGAGAAAUCUGUUAAUUUAAAUGUUUAAAAAGGUGUUUUAGUUUGUGCUUGCGAAUCUGUUUACUUUAUCCUUAAUGUAUCCUAUAUAGACUUUUAAAAGUUAGUUCAUUUUAUUGAUAUUAAUUGGUUUGAGUUAUGGAAGAUUAUGGAUUUCAUCAUGAGAUUAGAUCAAACUAUGCCUGUUUCUUUAAAGGCUCACAUUCUAGACUUAGAGGUAAAGAUAGUAUCUUAUUAUUCUUGGAGAUAAGAUUCUUAGCUUUUAUAGUUUGUAAAAGCUUAUAUUUAAGAUACAGAAUAAGCUAAAAAGCUACUUGAUGAUCGCUAAUAAGGCAGUGCUAUUGAGAAAUUCUUCAGGAGAGUCUUACACUAGUGUGCUUAUACUAUUAAUCAAGUUUGUAGUGCAUUAAAAUUAAAUGACAAAAUAAGUGAAGCUGUAUGGAGGAUUAUGAAACAUAUUUUAGCCAAUUAAUCAGAUAUCCUUCUUGGAAGACAUAUUGAUCAAUUAGUGAUUUGCUCUAUCUAUAUCAUGUGCAAGCUUUUUAAAUCUGAAACUAUUUUCAAAUAGAUCUUAAAUAAAUAUGAAGAAUUAAAUUCUCAUAAUAAGGCUAUGAUGAGAGAGCUAAUUUAUGCAAUGCCUAUUGCUCCUAACAAGCUAGAUACUAUAGUAUCAUACUAUAAUAAUGUUUACCUAGGCUUUGUUAAAGAAGCUGCCGUUUAAAUUUAUAAAAGUUUAAAGGAUGAGUUUUAAAUUUCUGAAAUAUCCUCUCCUUAAAGCAAUCAUAAAUAAAGUAAGAGUGAAAUAAUUACAAGGAAUCCUGCUAUAGCAACUCCUAUAUUUACUUCACCUUUGAAAUCAAUUCUACCAAAUGACGUUCGUAAAUCAAUUAGUAAAUUACCAAGUCAUAUGACACCUCAAACACAAAUGUUGUACGCAUACAAUGAAUCUCCUUUACUAAAAGAAAAUCUUGUAAGUAAUCAAAACCUCAGAAGUGUUUAUUCAAAGAAAAUGAUUAAUUUUGAUGCUGAAAUAAACCCUACAUAAAAUCAAUAAAACCCCUAAUACUAAUUUACUAGUAAUGCCCAACAAUAACUUUCAACAGUAAUAUAAAAUGUAGCUAAAAAUGGAUAAUCAUACUAUGGUUUCUAAGCCUAAAACACAUCAACUUUCUCAAAAUAUAUUAAACCAAAUAUGGAUAGCAUAACAGAAUCUUAACAAGAAAAUCAAACAUCCAACUUCAUUCCUCAUAAAUUUAAAAAAGCAACAGAACAAUAGUAAUAAUAACAAUAAUUACCUUUAAUGAAGCGUAAUCUGUUUUCUCAAAGGUAGAAUACUGAAGGUGAUUAAUCAGACGUGACCAAUAAUUCUAUAAUAUCAUGUUAGAGUACACCUAGAGUGAUAUCAAACAACUAAAAUAAUUCUAAUAUUCAAAUUUAACAACCUCCUUAAUCAUAGAAUCCUGAUCAUUAAUAAAACAACUUGAGUUUCUUAAAAAAUUUUACAAAGCAAUCAUAGUAUUAAUAUAAUUAGAUAAUAUCCCCUACCAAACAACCACAAUAAUUAACUUCCCCUUUCAACUAAUAAAAACUUGUAUCACCAAAUAGUCAUUCAUAAUUACCUUUACAAUAAAUACCUUAAUAAAAAAUAACCUCAUGGAAAAACCAAACAAAGAAUGUCUAAACUUAAAUAAAAUAAUAAACAAAUAUCCUAGAAGCUUUUAACAAGAAAAAAGUUUGA